UUCCCCGCUCAGAGCCGGCCAGCGUCCUAAAUCCCUCCUCCCCCGGUUCAAAGCGAGCCAGACAGGCCUCCUUAUCGCGUCUGCUCAAUGUGGUGGAGUUGUCUUUGCAUAUUAAUAGCCGUUCCGUCAGAUUUUGCCAAUAAGUCAUGGCAGUGGUUCAUUAAUAUGUAGGUUUGCAUUUACAUAUUCAGGACGUCGUGUAGCCCUGCUUCCCCGCGGGGGAGAGUGAGUGAGAGAGAGAGACAGAGGCUGCCGCUGAGCUCGCUGUAACGCUGGUGCUGUGGGCAAGAUCAGACGCGAGGAAUGGCUGAAAUCUGACUUCUGUUUUCCCCGGGAAUCAAAACACAGGGGACGCAGAGGACUAGAAUACACACGGAGCGAUUUUUGUUUCCCCGUUUGUGAGGUUUUCUUUUUGGAGGGAGGUUAAAUCGAGAAAAGCAACCAAGUCCAACAAGGAGAAGACCCGAGUCUCUGUGGAUUAAUGGGACGGAAUCCGAAAGAGGGAUAGAGGUGUUGAUCUGUUUACUGCGGUGCAGGGUCUGGUACUCCCGUACAACCCCCGAUGUGGAAUUAAACUGGACUAGUAAAUACGGGGGUCUUCGGAAUUAUAAUCGAUCGGUUUCUUUUCUUUUUUUAAAAAACCACGGAAUACACCGAGCCAGCCCCCAAAGUUGGAUUAUGCGUUGGUUUUGUAUACAUUGCAACCUGGGGAGUAGUUUACCUUUACCCGCAAAUCAAUGAUUGAUUACAAAACUCAUGCAUUGAUCCGUUUCACGGCACUGCAACUGGGACGGUAUCGCUACGCAGGAUAAGUGUGAGGUUUUUUUUUCUUAUUGGUUUUUUUUUAAAAAAACAACAACAAAAGAACAAAAACCCCAACAUUUGACGGGAGCUGGCCGGCGCCAACUAGCAAAAGUGCCAAGAUGAAGUUGUGGGCUGCGCGGAUCUCGUACGCCGGCUGGUUUCUGAUCUGCGGGCUUGCCGCCGGACAAGGCGAGUCCUCGCCGGCUCCUUGCCCGACGCCGUGCCGCUGCGACGGGGAUGGAGGAGCCGACUGCUCCGGGAAGGGACUCCCAGCCGUGCCGGCCGGGCUGAGCGCCUUCACCUACUAUCUGGACAUCAGCAUGAACAACAUCACCGAGCUCCCUGCUAGUGUCUUCAGGAACCUGCCGUAUUUGGAGGAGCUGAGGCUGGCCGGCAACGAUCUGGCCUUCAUCCACCCGGAGGCCCUGUCUGGACUCCAGCACCUCAAAGUCCUGAUGCUCCAGAACAAUCAGCUGAAGACGGUUCCCAGCAAGGCGUUGAAAGGACUCCACGCCUUGCAGUCUCUGAGGCUGGAUGCCAACCACAUCACGGUGGUCCCAGAGGACAGCUUUGAGGGCCUCCUGCAGCUCCGUCACCUGUGGCUGGACGACAACAGCCUGAUGGAGGUGCCCGUCGCCCCCCUGAGCAACCUGCCCUCCCUGCAGGCCCUCACGCUGGCUUUGAACAGGAUCUCGCACAUCCCUGACAGCGCCUUCGCCAAUCUCUCCAGCCUGGUGGUCCUGCAUCUCCACAACAACAAAAUCAAGGAGAUCGGGGAGCACUGCUUUAACGGAUUAGAGAACCUGGAAACUCUGGACCUGAACUACAACAACCUGCUUGAGUUUCCUGAGGCGAUCAAGGCUCUGCCAAAUCUGAAGGAGCUGGGGUUUCAUAGUAACAACAUUGCUGUGAUCCCCGAUGGAGCCUUCAGCCAAAAUCCUCUGCUGAGAGCAAUACACUUGUAUGACAACCCCCUCUCGUUUGUGGGCAGCACAGCUUUCCGGAACCUGUCAGAGCUCCACUCCCUGAUAGUGCGGGGAGCCAGUAUGGUGCUGCGGUUUCCUGACCUCAAUGGGACUGAGAAUUUAGAGAGCCUCACGCUGACGGGAACCAAGAUAGAUACCAUUCCUGCGAGCCUGUGUGAAGAUCUGAAGUUGCUACGGACCCUGGAUCUGUCCUAUAAUGAGAUUGAAGAGCUUCCGAGUUUUCAAGGCUGCACCAAGCUGGAGGAAAUAACCCUGCAGCACAAUCGAAUCAAAGGCAUCCAGGCGGACGUGUUUCGAGGACUGGCCUCCCUGCGCUUGCUAGACCUCAGCAGAAAUCAGAUCCGGUCCAUUCACAAGGAUGCAUUUAUGUCCCUGACAUCGCUAACAAAUCUGGACUUGAGUUCAAACGCACUGUUGACCCUGCCCACUUCAGGCCUGGGCGGGCUGAACCAGUUGAAGUUAGCCGGAAACAUGGACAUGAAGGGGUCUCUGUCAGCCAAGGACCUGCAGAAGCUCAGGACGCUGUCUGUGCCCUACGCCUACCAGUGCUGUGCUUUCGGCGGGUGCGACGCCUACCUGAACACAAACCCGGACCAGGGGAGCAAGAGCGAUGGGAGUCGGAAGAAGAAAGGUGAGGGCAGCGUCGCCGAAGAUGAGGGCGAGAGAAUCCAGCUGGCUGUGCACUGUUCUCCCCCGACAGGUGCCUUCAAGCCCUGUGAGCACCUGUUAGGCAGCUGGAUGAUCCGCCUGACCGUGUGGUUCAUCUGCCUGGUGGCGCUCCUCUUCAACCUCCUGGUCCUGGUCACGACGUUCUCGUCCAGCGCGGCAGUGUCCCCUGCCAAACUCCUCGUGGGCCUCAUUGCUGCCUCCAACCUGCUCAUGGGCGUCUACACGGGCAUGCUCAGCGUGCUGGACGCCGCGUCCUGGGGCCACUUCGCCGAUUUCGGGGUGUGGUGGGAGACGGGAGCCGGCUGUCGAGUCACCGGCUUCCUGGCCAUCUUCUCCUCGGAGGCCUCCAUCCUCUUCCUCACUCUGGCGGCCGUCGAGCGGAGCGUCACCAUGCGGGACCUGGCGAAGAAGGGGAAGAGCCGGCGGCACAGGCAGUUCCGGGCGGCCGCCGGGAUGCUGGGGGUCUCCGCCACCGUGGCGGCCUGCUUGCCCCUCUUCCACGUGGGCGACUUCUCCUCCUCGCCCCUCUGCCUGCCGUUCCCCACCGGGGAGGCGCCGUCGCUGGGCUUCACCGUGACUCUGGUCCUCCUGAACUCCACGGCCUACCUGCUGAUGGCCGUGGUCUACACCAAGCUGUACUGCGGCCUGGAGAAGACGGACCUCCUGGAGUCGUCGCCUCAGGCCAGCAUGGUGAAGCACGUGGCCUGGCUGAUCUUCACCAACUGCAUCUUCUUCUGCCCCGUGGCCUUCUUCUCCUUCGCCCCCCUCAUCACCGCGAUCUCCAUCAGCCCCGAGAUCAUGAAGUCUGUCACGCUCAUCUUCCUCCCCCUGCCGGCCUGCCUCAACCCCGUGCUCUACGCCUUCUUCAACCCCCAGUUCAAGGAGGACUGGAGGCAGAUCCGGCUCUGCGGGCGGUGGCGGGAAGCCAAACCCAAUGCCGGUACCGCCGCCGCCGUCGCCGCGGGGUCGGCCGCCGCCGGGCUGCAAACCGGCCACAUCUCCCCAGAUUUCUAUUACGACUGCGGCGUCUACUCCCCGCUGCAGGACAAUCUCGCGGUGUGCGACUGCUGUGAGUCCCUCCUGCUCGCCAAGCCGGUGGCCUGCAAACAUUUGGUGAAGGCCCACAGCUGCCCGGCUCUGGCGGUGGUGCCCUGCCAGAGAUCGGACGGGUACUGGUCGGACUGCGGCACUCCCUCAGCCCAGUCGGAAUACGCCGACGAGGGAGACUCGUUCGUGUCCGACAGCUCCGAUCAGGUUCAGGCCUGCGGACGGGCCUGCUUUUACCAGAGCCGCGGUUUCCCGCUCGUCCACUAUUCCUACAAUAUUCCCCGGAUUAAAGACUAGCAGGGACCCGGCUCAGUGCGAGACUCGCGGGACGCCUUUUCCGGGUUUUUUUGUUUUGUUCUUCGGCGGACGGAAAGCAUGAGACACUACGAGAGGUGUACAGGAUCUCCGUACACAACCAUUCAGGAAGCACUUUUGGAAUAAUCACUGUGUGACUUGCCUCAUAAGAAGGGAAUUCGGACAAUGCGCUUCAUCCUUUUGAGCCAGGAAUCUUUGGUCGAAAAAUUUUAAGUUGGUGUUUUCUUGCGUCGUGUAGAUCACGCCAAGCUUGUUUUACAAUAAUCUUGGGGGGGAAAAAAUAUCUCGGCCACAGCUAUCUUUGUUUUGCUUUGCUGGUUUAGGGGGAUCUCCUAUUCUUUGAAGUGAUGCAAUUGCUUUAUCGAAUGUUUUUCGUUUCAUACAGCAGCUUUUCUCUGACCGAGAUUGUGUUCACACCACCUUUCAUUUCGAGAGAUGGGUACCUGCUUUUCCCUGUUUCAUCUGCUCUGAAUGCUUUGAAUGUAAGAAUAUUGUGCGAGUCAACAUUACCUGCAAAUUGCCCAUUUUGUUUAAGGUAGCUGACAGGAUUGUUCUGUGUUCUGUGUUGAGAAUAUAAUAAAAGAAAAGUUACAGUUCAUACCAAGGGAAAUAAGAAACUAUGACCAUGGCCUAAAUUCACAGGUGUCUUUUGCCUCUAAAAGUAAGAGAGAAAAACUAUUAUGUUUAUAUGAGAAUGAGACAAUUUCCUUAGAGGAAAGCACUGGGUGUUUGGUGUCACAACCUGUUUGAUGAUUCUUUUUGUUCAAAACGAUUAAACCAAAACUACAUUUUUAGUGACAGAAUUGUAUAUAUAUUAGUGAUCUUUCAGGGUUCGCCAUGAAAAACUUAAUUUUCUAACUUCUUCAACCCAGGAAGGUAAACUUGAACGCCACCAUGCACCUGCGUGGAUCACUCUUGGCAAAAAUUGUACACCAUCAGCUGUAAAGACUUUUGUGUUGAUCGACAAUCAUUUUUCUUCUUGGUGUUGCUUUUAAGGCAAGAGGGUUUAUGGAAUAAGAUUCAUCUUUCAGGUCACAGUACUAUGUUCCAUGGGCUUAGGGGUGCAAUCCCUACUAAAUAUGGCUCAUCAUAUCCCUGAAAUAAUUUCUCAGUAUAACCUGCGUUUUCUGUAUUAGUAUUGAAUAUGCAAUUACUGUUAAAAACAAAUAGCAAAACCACAGGCUUGUAUUUUCAUGCUUGGGCUUAUGCCUUUCUGUGCUAAAUGAGUCUUCUCUGUGCCAAAACUAAUGUGAUGUGGACAUUAGUUCCGACACCUUUAGUUGCAAAAUAGGAUCAAUGGCAAACUGUGGAGCACUGAUAAAUCAUGUGUAUAUGUGUGUUCUGGGUUUAUAUAGACAUUUAACACAAAACUGCAGGUCAGCUAUAAUUUAAACAUUCAAAAUCUAGUGUGCUUUCAACUUAAGUGACAUAAAUAUAGGAUUUUAAGAAGAGUUGCAAAUGAUUUCAUAAUUUUAAUACCAUGAGAUAGCCCACAGUUACCCCAAAAUAUUAUUGAAAUGUUCACUGGUACACGUUUGUAAGCUCUGUAACUUUGUACUUGCUGAUGUAUACAAACCGUGAAAUUUUACAGUACUUUACUCAUUUUAAUGGUGUGUGUAAAAAUCAAAUUAGAAAGUAACUUCAAUCCGCAAGUGGAGGGCAUUUAUUUUUUUGGGGAAAGUUGUCAGUCACUACAUGAGCCUGUUAGCAGUGAAGAAUUCAGCAUCAGAGCUAUUAUAGGAAAGUUUAUUUUUUUUAACAUAGGGAUGCUUUUAAGGAUUUUAUUUCAGGUUCUGAGUCCACUAUAUGACCCCCAGGUUGUGUCAGUGUCUCUCAUAUUCAGUAUUGAAGCUUUUAAAUCCUUAUUUUUUUGUCUGUUAUGCUUCAGUCCUCUGAUGCCCAGCUUUGAUACAUUGGGUGAAACCAUUGAGUUCUGUGUUUUUUUUUUUUUCGGGAAGACCAGAUUCACUUGCAAACAAUUUUGUGUGACGUGAGUUGUAACCAUACCCCCUGCUUAUAUAGCAGAUUCUUAGUCUUUACCCUGUCGUUUUCAUCUUGCUACCUGUACGUAUGGGUUGUGUCUUUAAAGCUGUGGUAUGUUUUGGUUUUCAUUCUCCUACUCCACAGGAUCCUUCUUGCACUGCUUUAUGUAGAUACGUGCCUCCUCUCAGAAGCAAUCCCCUUCUGCAACCUAUUGCCCAGGGGAUGAGGUCGUUGGUACAUGCAACCCAGUGGAAUUUACGGUCGUCAGUAAGUGACAUUGACCCACAGUUCCCAAGGAUGGUAAUGGUACAGUGAUGUUUUGUGCCAAAUUGCUCCCACCACACCAUCCUUAGGGCAAUACUUUCACACCGUUAUCACCUUGUCACUCUUAACUUUCCUUAGGGAAAAAACAAAUGGCAGAUGAAUAUUGGAAACGUAGUGGCUUCACGUCCAAAUUAAACUCACUGUUUUCUACAGCACAGGCUGUGGUGUGAACUGUAUAUCAAUGCGUGUAAUUUUAAGUCCUGAAUUGUCUUCCCUACGUGUGUGUGUCUGUGCGUGCGUGUUGUAAAUUAUUUGAUAGACAAUAAAUAAAUAAUGGGAUACAUUGUACAACAAUGGAAGCUACCUCCUGAAUUGUAGUGGCUGCCAGUAGUAAGAUGUGAUAAAUUGUUUUAUAUAUAUAUAUGAAUGCUUUCUGUUGCUUUGUAAAUAAAUCUGGUUGUACAUUGUCAAUGAAUAAAAUUCUGAUUGUUGUAUAUGUAAAAAAAAACUAGUUUAUACUAAUAGUGGGAGGGAAUUAUGUACUGUAUACUGUAAUUUUUGUAAACCAAACCAUUCAUAUAAAAGAAUAAUUGCUUUAAA